AUGGCAAUUGAGACUGAAACUCCCUCUGCGACUGGAACUCCCUCUGCUACUGGAACUCCUUCUGUGAACAUUGCACCAGCGGUCACGCCUACAACCCGUGCCGCUGUGCCACCGGCUGAGAAACCUGCGAAGUUCACCGGUGCCAACUUUAAAGGAUGGCAGCAGAGAAUGUUCUUUUGGCUUACCACCCUUGGUAUGCAAAAGUUCACCAGUGAGAACCCUCCCGUGCCUGCCGCCGACAUGCCUGACAACCAGAAAUUCAUGGUUACUAGGGCUUGGAAACAGGCUGAUUUUUUGUGCAAAGGCUACAUUUUGAGUGCCUUAGAAGAUGAUUUGUACAACGUCUACAGUGCAGUAGAGACCUCCAAAGAAUUAUGGAGUGCACUGGAAAAGAAGUACAAAACUGAAGAUGCUUGCUUGAAGAAGUUUGUGGUUGCCAAAUUCCUAGACUACAAAAUGGUGGAUGGAAAAACUGUUGGAACCCAAGUUCAAGAGCUUCAACUUAUCUUCCAUGACCUUAUUGUUGAAGGUAUGAUCGAGGAAGAUAACAAAACCGUUGAUAAGAGGUACCGUAAGAGUUCACCGAUUGAAGGGGCAAACGUCGUUGAAGAUGCUGCUCCGAAAAAGAACAAUAAAAGGAAGAGGCAUUCUGGAAAGGAGAAGUAUCCUAACAAGAAAAAAUUCAAGGGCAACUGUUAUAAUUGUGGUAAAGCAGGCCAUAAAGCUCCCGACUGUCGUGCCCCCAAGAAGGACAAAGAGAAAAACAAGGGUCAGGCAAACAUGGUGGAAGAUGUUGAUGACCUAUGUGCAAUGCUGUCUGAGUGA